AAAGGAAAACAAAAAAAGGGGGGGGGAGAAAAAUGAGUGGUGUGGUUGGCCCGACGGCGGCAGCCAGACGCAACAGUAUGGCCCAGAAGCGCACCUCCUCCACCUUGAAGAGGGGGACUUCGUCGGAGAACGGCUCCGCCGCUAAUGGGACCAACGCUAAGCCCUCUUCCCCACCUAACUUGUCUACUGCUGGCGAGAGAACAGUGAAGAAGCUCCGGUUAUCCAAGGCACUAACAAUUCCCGAGGGGACCACUGUAUCAGAGGCCUGCAGAAGGAUGGCGGCCAGGCGUGUUGACGCCGUUCUGCUGACAGAUGCUAAUGCUUUGCUUUCAGGAAUUGUCACUGAUAAGGACAUAGCGACCAGGGUUAUAGCAGAGGAGUUGAGACCUGAACAGACAUUGAUUUCAAAAAUUAUGACAAGAAACCCAACUUUUGUGAGCUCAGAUUCUCUGGCUAUUGAUGCUUUGCAGAAGAUGGUCCAAGGGAAAUUUAGGCAUCUUCCGGUGGUUGAGAAUGGUGAAGUUAUAGCAGUUUUGGAUAUCACUAAAUGCCUUUAUGAUGCCAUAUCAAGAAUGGAGAAAGCUGCAGAGCAGGGAAGUGCUAUUGCAGCUGCAGUUGAAGGUGUUGAACGCCAAUUUGGAAGCAAUUUCUCUGCAUCAUCAGCUCUCAUAGAAACACUUCGCGAACGCAUGUUCAAACCUUCUCUGUCUACUAUAAUUUCUGAGACUUCUAGAGUUGCAAUGGCAUCACCUUCAGACCCAGUUUAUGUUGCUGCUAAAAGAAUGCGGGAAUCACGGGUCAAUUCAGUUCUUGUUAUGACAGGAAACAGUAUUCAGGGGAUACUCACUUCAAAAGAUAUUCUUAUGCGAGUCGUCUCCCAAAACCUCUCUCCUGAGCUGACUCUAGUGGAGAAGGUAAUGACACCCGACCCUGAAUGUACAACAGUAGAUACAACUAUUCUUGAAGCACUGCACAUAAUGCGUGAUGGGAAAUUUUUACAUCUUCCCGUUGUUGACAAAGAGGGAACUGUUGCAGCUUGUGUGGAUGUUUUGCAGAUAACUCAUGCAGCAAUUUCUAUGCUUGAAAAUAGCUCUGGUACAGUUAACGAUGCUGCAAAUUCGGUUAUGCAAAAUUUUUGGGAUUCAGCACUUAACUUGGACCCCGCUGAUGACUGUGACACUCAGAGUGAGAUGUCAAUGUCCCAGUAUGUCCCAUCAGAUGCUGCAGAACAUUUGAAGCCUUCCUACCCAGUUGGAAAUUCAUUUUCUUUUAAACUCAAGGACCAUAAAGCCCGUGUGCACAGGUUUAAUUUGGGCACAGAAAGUUUAGCUGAACUUGUUACCUCUGUUAUGCAACGGGUGGGUAUAUCUGAUGAUCAACAGCGCCCUCAACUUUUGUAUGAAGAUGAUGAAGGUGACAAAGUUGUGCUCACCACGGAUGGAGAUUUGAUUGGUGCUGUUGCCCACGCAAAAUCUGUGGGACAGAAGGUUUUGAGGAUACAUUUGGAACACUAUGAUUCGAGACAAGAAACAAGGGAGCUGCCAUCUGCCACGGUGACUACAAAAGAGCGCAGAUCAAGCUCCCUCGGGUUUGGGAUAUUUGCAGGAGCAGUUGCUGUGAUCAGCAUCGGUGUACUGGUGUACUUGAAGCGCUCCAAAGCAUGAUCGCUGCUCGAAUGGAUUAUGUAGUGUUUAUAAUAAAGUGAUAGGCAAAUUUAAAGAAACAAGCAAGCCUGUUGAAGGAAAAGUCACUCAUUUUGUAGGCACUAGGAGAAAGAUGCAGCAAUGCAAGGCCACAUAAAAGCUGGCAAAAGUUUAAUUAUUUUGCGUUAUACUCAUAUGUAAAUGGAAUUGCAACUCCAGAAAAAGAAAAAUGCUACUCCUAAAGAAUGGCUACAUUUUGGUUGACUGGAUCAACUAUAACCUGAAGAAUGUUCCAAGGUCAA